AUGUCUGGUGAUAAACGAAAACAUGCUUCACUUGAUUCAUUUGUUACUAUUACGAAAAAACCACUCGUCACAUCAUCUUCGUAUCAACUUACUGAAUCCAUUCAAUCUGAACUUGUUACUCAUGAAAUUGCUCAAUCUAUUGAUGGUGAACCGGAAGAAUCAGAAAAUACCGAUCCUUCUAAUGUGAAUCAAAACUUAAUUGUUAUCGACUCUCGUCCAGAUACUCAUGAUAAUGAUAUUGGUUUUCAGCUGUCACUACAUACUCCACUUACAGAUGAAACCAAAUAUAAACUUCUCACAAAACCAUUUCAACCUGAUAAAAAAUAUACAUUUCCAAAUCAAUAUGGAAAAAAUGGAACAGUUCGUCGAUUUAUGCUCACCUGGUUAGACCAGCACUCAUUUCUCUCUUACUCACCAUACUACGAAGGAGCUUUUUGCACUGCUUGUUCUCUUUUCUCACCAUUGGCAUCAAGUCAAUCCGCCAUUAUCUUCGUUCACUAUCCAUGUUCUCGAUUUCGUCAAUUAAAACAUUUUACUGCACAUAUUAAAACUCACAUUAAUUCGGAAAAUCAUAAAACAGCUAUUGUACGUGCCACCAACUUUGUGCGAACAUUUGAAAACCCGUCUUCUGGUAUUGACUAUCAACUUGAUCGAAACAGAAUCGAUGUGAUUGAAAAAAACAAAUCGAUACUUCUGUCAAUUAUUAAGGUGGUGAUUACAUGUGCACGACAAAAUAUUGCCCUUCGUGGUCAUCGAAGUGAAGAUGUUAUGUCAAUUCGAGAACAUCUCGAUGCUGUUGAAGCACCAUCUGGAUCUAAUUUCAUUUCACUUCUCAAACAACGUAUUGAUGCUGGUGAUCACGUUCUUCGAUCUCAUCUUGAACAAGGAAAUCGUAAUUCAACAUACACAAGUUCAUCCACUCAAAACGAAAUUAUUGAACUUAUUCAUGAACACAUUUUGUCAUCUCUUCUGUCUCGUGUGGGUCCAACUACACUUUAUUCUAUAAUAGUCGAUGGUACUACCGAUUCAUCCAACAUCGAUCAACUAAGCUUUCUCAUUCGAUACGUCGAUCCACAUUCACAUAAAAUUCGUGAAGAUUUUCUCGGCUUCGUGCAUACUACUUCGUCAACUGGUGAAGCCAUUGCUGAACACAUUUUAUCAUGUUUAAAACGAUUUCAACUUUCACUUACCAACUGCAUUGGGCAAACAUAUGAUGGUGCACCGUGUAUGUCUGGCAUUUUUAAUGGUUGUCAAGCUAUCAUUAAACGAUUCUGUCCUGAUGCUGAAUAUAUGCAUUGUACUUCUCACUUGUUAAAUCUUGCUCUUAUUGAUUCAAGUUCGUCUCACUUCAUUCGCAACAUGUUUGGAAUUAUCAAAUCUGUUAUUGCUUUCUUCAAUGAUUCGCCUAAACGUUCGAACGCACUCAAAUACGAAAUUGAACGACCAGACAACGAUUAUCUUAUUAUCAUAUUUGAACAAGCUAAAGAAAUUGCCAAGGAAUUAUUCGUACAACCAUCAGCUCCACGAACAUAUCAACGACGACAUGGUCAACAUAUUCUUGAUCCGGAAGAAUUUUACCGCGAUCAAGUCUUUCUUCCUUUUCUACGUGAAUUGAAAGCUAAUGUCGAUAAACGUCUUUCUAUAUUUGGUCAUCCACGUAUACAAUUACUUACCCGGUUACGACCGGAAUGUAUUACUGCUAAAAGCUGUUCAACAACUGAACUAUACAAACAAUUAACAGAACAGUUUUCCGAUCGUUUACCACAACCUCUUCAACUUUUCGGUGAACUGGAGAGGUGGAAAAAUGAAUGUAUUAAUCUCGUCAACAAACCGAAUUACCUUAACUUAUGGAUGAAUGAUUUACUCACCAAAUGUGAUCCUAUUCUAUAUCCAAAUGUCCAUUUUCUACUCGUUUUUCUUGCUACUCUUCCAGUUACUACCAGCUCGGCGGAACGCGCCUUUAGUGCGCUUAAACGCAUCAAAACGUAUUGCAGAUCAACGAUGGUCGAAAACCGUUUAAACGGUCUUGCAACUGCAUUCAUUCACAAAAAUGUGGAAAUCGAUGCUGAAAAGAUUCUUAAUUUAUUCAUACAAAAACAUCAGCGACGAUUCGAUUUUGGUUUAUAACUAUUUUUUCUUUCUUCUACAUAUUAUUAUUACUUAUUUGUACUACGUCUUGUUCUAAUUAUACUGAUUUUGUUUUUUGUUCUAUUUGUACUUAUUUUUGGUACUAUAGUUUUUGCUCUAUUUAUGCCAGCUUGUGGUACUAUAGUCUUUGUUCCAUUCGUGCUUAUUUAUGCUUCUUUGACAUAAAAUAUUCAUAUAUUUGAAAUUUGAAAUUUGAAGAGUAUAUUUAUGAAACUGCAUAAAAUAGUGAACGGUCUUGACUCUUAGGUAAGAGUGAUGAAUUUCUUUUUAAUAAAGAUCGGUCGGUUGUGGUGAUUGUAAUGA